UCUGUGAAUCUCCCCCCUCGCGCCGAAUGGUUCAGUCUCAAGAUGGCGGCCUCCAUCCUGCAGCGUGGUCUGUCUCCUCUGCAAACGUUCACUAAAUGCGUCGAUUACAGAUCGAUCGCCAGGAGAUGUCUGCUGUCGUCGGCGUACACAGACCCUGCUGUUUGGGAGCAGAGACUGAGAGAUGCACAGGACCUGGGUCAGCUGGCCUCUCUGAUGGACAGAACGUAUGCGAGGAAGUUUCCCGUCAGCUCUUUGGUCAUCGCUAGGUUCGUAGAUAAUUUAUCAUCAAAAGAGGAAGUCGAUCAAGCACAAUAUUACCUAUAUAAGUUUCGUCACAGUCCAAACUGUUGGUAUCUUCGGGACUGGACCAUCCACAGCUGGAUCCAACAUUGUCUUAAAUACGGAGCCAGAGAUAAAGCCCUUUACACGCUGAAGAACAAGGUUCAGUUUGGCAUGUUUCCUGAUGACUUCACCUUCAAUCUUCUGAUUGACUCCUUUAUAAAAGACAAGGACUUUAGAGGAGCUUGUUCUGUGGUGGAGGAAGUGAUGCUUCAGGAGUCGUUUGAGCGAACCUCCACACAGAUUAUGUCGCUUUAUGCCCUCAGCAAAUAUCUGGCAACCAAACCUGAGCUCAGUUGGCAGGAGGAGAGGAACAUGGGAGCGUCUCUGAUGUUGGCUGGACUGAAGCAGGAGAACUCUGUCGGUUUCAACGCUCGGCUUCUGGGAUUGGCUCUUAUUGGUAAAGUCGAGCUGUCCAGAGGAAUUCACGCCGUGUUUCACGAGAUGCCCCUGAUCUGGACCUCCGGUUAUCUUGGGCGAGCCCUUGCUGUCAUGGACGCUGUGUGUGACUUCAGAGACGUCAAGUUAUCUGAGGAAGUUCUGGAUCAUGUGGAGAAGAUAUUGCAGGAUCUCUCAGUGAACGCUGAUGGACAGAACGUCACUGACACGCCGCUAGAGGAGGAAGAUGAGCUGGAGACACAGAAACUACCAGAGUACAUCAACCGCUUCAAGGAGCUGAAGGAGCGACUCGUGUCCCAGGACAGGAUCGACUCGAGGAGCCUGGAGUCUCUCGUAUCGGCUCUGAUGCAGCAGACGCUGGCGGCCUGUGAAAACGCAGAUAUCGCUGAAUAUCAGCGGACGGUGAGCGUCUGGGAGGCUGAGCUCCAGCAGCUCAUUCAGAGAGAAAGAGAGACGAAAGAGAAGAACCAGAAGAGCCUCUGA